UUGUAGUUUACGUGAAAACGAGUUUGUUUUGACAUUUGUUUUGUUUCUUGUUUGUUUAAAGUAUUUAACUGGAAUUUUUUCUUUUUUAUUCAAGUUUAUCGCAUCGAUUGUUUGUAAAAUCGAUCAUUUAAUGUCAGUCUUUUAUAAAAUGUGCAUUUUGGAAGCCCUUAUCCGAUUUUAUUAUACGGCUACCUAAUUAAGAAGGAUUUCUUUUUGGGUACAAUGUCCCACUCUGGCUCCUCAACCAAACGUCCUGUGAGCAACAGUCUGUCCCAAUGGUCUGAUCUUCCAAGUGAUGCUUCGCAGCACUCUCUGCAGUCCCACCAUCAUCAUCACAGAAGUUAUGACCCUGAGUGGGAUGCCAAAGAGGAGUUGCGGAUGCGGGAAUUGGAAGAGGCUAGGGCAAGAGCUGCCCAAAUGGAGAAGACCAUGAGAUGGUGGUCAGAUUGUACUGCUAACUGGAGGGAAAAGUGGAGCAAAGUGAGGACUGAAAGAAAUAAAGCAAGAGAAGAAACCAGAGUUCUUAGAGGAAAACUUGAAGUUGCUGCCAAAGAAUGCAAUACACUAAAAAGAGAAAAACAAGAACUUUACUCUCAAAUUGAGAGGCUAAAAAAAGAAAAUCAACUUUUUAAUGGAAAUGAAGAGUUUAUUGAUGAGAAGAAAGAAGACAUUCCAUAUACGGGAGGGCAACAGAAUAAAGAAAGAGUCAUUCCUGAGAGAGAUGUAGGCCCAGGAGAUAAAGUGUCAGAUUUAGGAGAUGUUCUGAUCACUAAUUCUCUACCUAAGCCAACAAAGGAGGACAAUGCUGAUGAUGAAAAUGUUGAAAUUUCAUCAACUGUUGUUGAGGUUUCUGACUGUGGGAUCACAAAUCCAGAUAUGCAGUUCUUAGAUAAAUUUUUAAACAAAGAAGCCAUUACUACUAAUACUAUUCCAUCAGUGAAUGACAAGAAAGUCUCCAGACUUCUGAAUCGAGGCAUAGAGGAUUUCAAUGUCCCUGUUCAAGAGAUGACUGAACAAAAGGUAGCCAUGUUGCAGUUGCGUUUAGAUGAGGCAUCAAAAACUAUUAUUGCUGAAAGACAAGAGAAGAAUAAACUGAUGAAGAGCAUAGAUAAGCUACAAACUGAAUAUAACCAACUUCGAAUGAAGUAUGAAGAUAUGAAGAAGUCAAAGCAGGACAUCAUGAAAGAAUUAAGCCAAAUUAAAGCAGAACAUCAAGAUGAGAUUGAUAAUAUGAGGUUAGACCUAGAAGAUGAAGCUAACAAUAGAAGCAAUCUGGACCAGAGAGUAGCUGAACUUCGCUCUGAGUUGGAGAGGCUUCAGAGUGAAAAUGCUGCAGAAUGGGGCAGGAGGGAGAGACUGGAGACAGAGAAGCUUGCUUUAGAACGCGAGAAUAAAAAAUUACGAACACAGAUUGAAGACUUGAAUGAGAGAAUGGAAAGAAAAACUAAGCAGAUGACUCUUGCAUCUGAUUCAGAUGUUAAAGCUCUUCAGAUUGAAUUGCAUGAGAAAAAUAAAGAGCUGGUAGAUUUGAAGCAUGCACAUACAAAAUUGAAAAAAGUUUUGCAAGACAAAUCUACUGAAUUAGCUCAUGCUUUGCGCCGAUCAGAACAAUAUGAAGCUGAAGUGAAAAAGCUUAGAGGAAGGAUAGAAGAGCUGAAGAAAGAACUGGCUUCUGCUGAGGAUGAAGUUGAUGCUGCCACAAAUAACAUUAGAAAGCUUCAAAGAACUAAUGAUGAAUUACAAGAACAAAUAGAAAGUUUGCAAGUUCAAGUUGAGCAUUUGCAGUCUAGCAAAGAGAAGAAUUCAGCUAAGAUUUCUAUGGUUGAAGAACUCAACAAGCCAUGCUCUACUGACACGGCAUGCUAAUAGCACCUUUGCUCAAGUGGAUCCUAUGAGUGAAGAUGACAAUUUAGAUUUCUAGCCAGAGAUAUAAAAGAAUGAGGCCAACUUUUUACUUUGAACAUUUCCGGAAUCUCAGAGGGGCUGCACAUUUUUUAGUCUUAAAAGUGUAUGCCAAGGAAAAUAAAUAUCAAGAACAUAAUAAAUUAACUUUACUAUUUGUUCGAUUGGUUUAAAUUUUUAUUGUUCUAAUCCUUAAACAAUGUUUUAUUAGCAAAUAUUCCUAAUUGUUUUAUGAUUUAUGAUAUAGAUCUGAAUUUGUGACUAUUUUGUCAUUCUGCUGCUAGGAGUGUCAUAAAUUUACAUAUAGAGUUGCCAUUUUCUUUUUAAGUUGAAAGUUUCUGAAAUCUUUCAGUUUGGGAGAAAAAAAAUUCUGUUUUUUGAUCAAAUAACUGUUUCCAGAAAGCAUUGAACUGAAAGAAAUGUGAAGCAGUACUUCAAACGUUUUGAUUUCCAUUAAAAAAAUUGUGAAAUAAAAGAGUUGUAAUUUUAAUACAAUCUAAUAACUUUAAUUUUUUGGUCUUCAUAAGAAAUAUUUUCCUUUGGUGAAACAAAUGUCCUAUAUAAAUCUAUCUUUUCAUUUAUUUAAAUAUUGGAAUGCAUAAGUUACUUUCUUUUUCUUCCUUCCUUUUUUUUUUUUUUUUUUUUUUUUUUUUGCUUAAAUAUUUGAAGUAUACAACCUUAAUAAAAAUGGUUCUGAACAUACUGGAGAGCUGGUGGAAAAAUGUUUUGAUUUUUUAAAGAUAUUUGGCAGUUUUUUGGCAUUUUAAAUAUUAAUUUGCAUAUCUGUUUUUAAGUUUCAUUGAAGCCUUUUAAUUAUUUUUAGAUUUCAGAAAGUUUAGGAAAAUAUGAUGAAUAACAUUUUUUUUUUAAAGGACAUUCUCUUUGAAUCAGAUGAAACUUUUAAAAAAAUAUCUUUUGGCUUUUGAUUAUCCCUUUUAAUUAGAAGUUGAUGUAUUCUUAAUUUUUAAUGCAUAGAGUUCAUAAGAAAUGCCACAGCAAAUUCUUUAUUUGUAUAGUAUACUUGUAUCUUAGUUCGAAAUCAGGAUGCUUGAUAUAAAUGGUUAUUAUUUAUUUCAUUAAUUGUAAGCAGAAAUAUAAGAAUGAUACAAAUAUAGAAAUAUUUCAGUAGAAAUUGAUAGUUUCAUUAUUUUAAAAAUGAUUUGUUAGUAAGUUUUACUAAAAAUUUAGAAUAAUUGUUUUUUAAUUAUCAUCAUAUUGCACUUUAAAUGACAGAAAAUAUAUAUGAAUCUCAAUUGUUUAAAGAAGAUCUUGAAAAUGAAGAAUUGGUUUUAAUUAAAAGCCAGUUAUAAAAGGUGAAACCAUUUAGUUUUAUUUAAAAUUUUGAAGAGAAAGUUUUCUUUUUUGUAUAUAUGAAUGUGUUAUUCCUUUAUCCUUUAUAAGUUAGAUGAAUAUUUGUUAUGUUUUUUUUACUAAGUCUUCUAUAUUAGCUAUGGCUGCUAUGAGUUUAUAUAGUUUAUUAAAUGCUAGUUACUAUAUAUGUAUCAAUGUUUCUUGAAUUGUAUAGCAUUGCUUUUAGUUUGCUAAAUAUUACAAUUAUCUUUUUUCUUAACUAAUCAGUUAUGAAGUGUUUUUUAGAAAGAAAAUUUUAUCCAUUGUAUCAUGCUUCUAUAUUCAUAUGCUAAUUAAUUGUAAGCAGUUUUGUGAAGAAUUUUGUGAGGAAGAAAGGAAUAUUUAAAAAAUAAUUUAAGCAAUUUUUUCUCGAAAAAGGAUUAAAAAAAUGUAAAGCAUUUUAAUGAUCUUUUAAUACUAUUAUUGUGAUUAUAAAAGUUUCCCAUUUAUCAAAAGAUAAUUAGCAGUAGAAUAGUAAUUUAACUCUUGCUAUAUUGAUUUAUAAUACUAUAUAGAAGAAUAGCCAAUAUUGGUUCAUAAAAGCUUAAAUGUUGAUUUUUCUCUUUUGGAUUCAGUUGAGUUAAACUGUAAGUAAAAGACAAUUUUUUCUGAUUUUUUUUUCUUUUUUUUUUUUAAGAUAGGUUAUUUAUAAGUUUAAUGAAGUUUUCAUUUUUUUUUUCACAUUCAUUUGUAUAUGUGUUAUAUGGAAAUUUUUGUUUAUAAUUUGUUAUGAAGGUUCUUAUGUGUGUGUGUAGUUUCGUUUUGAUGUAUUAUUCAAAGUAAAUCUUUUAAUAUUUUAUUUAUAAUUCAUUACACAUUGUUAUUUUUUUGCUAUCUAUAUGCUAUUUAUACAUUUUAUAUAAUAUGUAAAUAAAUUCUGUUGAAGUGGGAAUAUCUUUAGAUAUCCAUAAAAAAAUGAAAUGUAAUAAUUGCUAUGUACUUUUUCCUUCCAUAUUUAUGAAUUAUGUGUUCAAUACAUUUAUUUUGGGAUAGUUUUGAUUUUUUUUUUUUUUUUUUGAAAUUGCAAUUUAAAUUCAGAGAAUGUUAAAAGACAAAUGAUUUUCUGAUAUCCAUAUUAAGUUGAUGGUAUUCAAGAGGAUUAACUUGUCCUUAGGUAUUAUGAUCUAGUGACAAGCUAGCAGAAAAUAAUCACUGAAUUAAAAUGGAAAAAUCAUACAUUUUUAGUUACUUGGAUUGAAGUUUAUUAUUUUAUUUUUAUGUUCAGAUGGAAGGCAGAACAUUAAACCAAUACAAUGUUUAAACUUUUGUUGUGAAAGGGUUAAAUUAUGCUCAUAUAAUUUCAUAAAAUGUGGAAAAGUAGUUUCAUUUUUUUUAAAUAAAAUAUAUGAACAACAUUUUUAAAACAAGGAUUUUUCUAUUUAACUGCUAAGAAAAGAUAAGUUUCCCAUAUGUUAAGAUAGGAAGGAAUGGGAGGAAUGUUCAUAGUAAAAUUUACUUUUUUUUUUUUUUUUUUUUUUUUUUUUUAGCCUUUUACAUGUUUUAUUUUCUAAAAAAUAUUUAGGUUUGUGAUAAGUACCCCAAUUUUGAACGAGAAAAGAAUUUUAUUAAAUUAAAAUUCUCUUACUCCUUCCUUAUACUACUCAUAUGAAGGAAAGGAAAUAUUGCCUUUAUCAUAGGAAGUUGUUCCUAUAAAAUUUCGUCCAAUUCACAUUCUCUGAAACUUCUAUCAUAAAGUUUUGAUAAAAAGAUCAAAACAUGAAAAAAAGAAUUAUUUCAUACAAGAAUGAGAGGUCUGCAUGCAUGUGCCAAAUAUUCGAUAGUGUGUUUGCAUGUAAGAAUUUUUGUUAAUACUUUUUUUUUCUCUUUGUUAAAGAACAAACUUAGUCAAGAAACAAAAUGAGUUAUAAUGUUUUAUCUAUCUCUAGAAAGGCAUCUGGAAUGUGUUUAAUUUAUUAACUUUGAUCUGUUUUUGUAUUGUAAAUUGUUGUAAGUAUUUAAGAUCAGUUAACAUAACUGAUGAUGUGUGAUUAAUCAAAGUACAAUGUUUUUGUUUUAUUUAUGAGUGUUAAAAAAUUUAAGAUGUUAUUCAUUUAAAACUGUAUG